AUGGGUUACCAUUUGGAAACGUAUUUGUUCAAUCCCCCGUUCGUGUCGCUGCCAACACAGUUAAUCAAGAACCCGACGCUCCAGGAAGGGAUUCAUUUGGCCCACACCGUCGUCAAAGCCGGAAUGGCCGUCGCGAUGAGUAUUGCCAAUUCCAAGAACAAGAAAAUUACAGAAGACGAUGAAGAGUUCAGUGUACUAAUCCCAUGGAUUCCGUACUUGUUCAUCAACCCGUCGGAUCUCAUUUGCGCUGAAUACCUGCAAUACUUCCAGCACAGAGAGAGGAUGGUGGCGGCCGGCGCCGGAGAAAUUGGGCUGUUUGCGGCCAGGAACUCAGUAAGGAGUAUGAUUAUGAGUGCAAGUGGGAAGGAUUCCGCGCCGUCACACCUCAUUCCUUCUGCUUAUCUCACCAUAAAUUUGAACCAUUCGCCGGAUAUAGUUGCAGCACACGACCUCAGCCAGUGGUGGCUACCGGAUUUGAAGCUUGAUUACAAGCUAUAUCAAUUUAGAUAA